CGGCCCCUUCUCGUAGAGCCCCGCCCGGUCGUGCGGCGCCCCGGCCCCUCACCCUGUGCCUGGGGGUCGGAGAGCGCGCGACCGCAGCCCCGACUGCUGGGGAGCAGUCGGGUCAUCCGUUACCGACGCAGUGAAGGGGGUGUCUCCGACUUCGGGGGGCCGCGUUUCUCACUGGCUCCGAGGCCCUGCGUCCGGGGCGAUGGCGGCGGCGUCCGCACUUAGCCUGGGGAGCGCUGACCUCUGCGGACACAGCAGCCUCCGUGGAGGUCCUUGCUCUUACGACAAACGACAUGGCCGUCAGGCAACGUGUGCGACAAGUACCGACGGGUGGUCUGCUUAUUAAAUCGCGUCUGUGGUCUUGGUUCGAUGGAUGACAAACUUUUGCGCAAAAGCGCUUGCGUUUCUUCAGGGGACUAACGGGUGCCCCGGGUCGGGAGCUGAGGUGAACUGCCCGUCUGACUUCUCCGUCUGUGUGGCCCUCUCUCAUUGUGAGGCCUCGUACCCCUAGUGACACUUGUGGAUCCUCUGCUGUGAGCCGCCUUUCGUGCUUAGGUUACCAGGUGACAGGGGUGUUUAUGAAGAACUGGGACUCGCUGGAUGAGCAUGGAGUUUGCACGGCUGACAAAGACUGCGAAGAUGCUUACAGAGUUUGCCAAAUCCUAGACAUCCCCUUCCAUCAAGUGUCCUACGUGAAGGAAUAUUGGAAUGAUGUGUUCAGUGAUUUUUUAAAUGAAUAUGAAAAAGGAAGAACUCCCAAUCCUGACAUAGUCUGCAACAAACAUAUCAAAUUCAGUUGUUUUUUUAAUUAUGCUGUGGAUAAUCUUGGAGCAGAUGCAGUUGCUACGGGUCACUAUGCAAGAACGUCCCUGGAAGAUGAAGAGGUCUUUCAGCAGAAGCACGUUAGGAGGCCAGAAGGGCUUUUCAGAAAUCGAUUUGAAAUUAGAAAUGUGGUAAAACUUCUGCAAGCAGCUGACAGCUUUAAAGACCAGACCUUCUUUCUCAGCCAGGUUUCCCAGGAUGCCCUGAGGAGAACCCUCUUCCCCCUGGGGGGGUUAACAAAAGGUUUUGUAAAGAAAAUAGCUGCUGAGAAUAGACUUCAUCACGUGCUCCAGAAAAAAGAGAGCAUGGGCAUCUGUUUCGUUGGUAAAAGAAAUUUUGAAAAUUUCAUCCUUCAGUAUUUACAGCCUCGACCUGGUAAAUUUAUUUCUAUAGAAGACAAUAAGGUUCUGGGAACGCAUAAAGGUUGGUUCCUGUAUACUUUGGGCCAGAGAGCCAACAUAGGUGGCUUACGGGAGCCCUGGUACGUGGUGGAGAAGGAUGGCACCAGGGGCGACGUGCUCGUGGCCCCCCGGACAGACCACCCGGCCCUGUACAGGGACCUGCUGCGGACCGGCCGCGUGCACUGGGUGGCUGAGGAGCCGCCCGCAGCCCUGGUCCGCGACAAGAUGAUGGAGUGCCACUUCCGGUUCCGCCACCAGAUGGCGCUAGUGCCCUGCGUGCUGACCCUCAAUCAAGACGGCACUGUGUGGGUGACGGCCGUGAAGGCUGUGCGGGCUCUCGCCCUGGGACAGUUCGCUGUGUUCUACAAAGGGGGCGAGUGCCUGGGCAGUGGGAAGAUCCUGCGCCUGGGGCCAUCCGCCUACACACUCCAGAAGGGCAGGAGCAGACCCGAUGUGGCCGUGGAGGGCUCCAGCAUCGGCCGGGGUGACAGCCCGGGCCAGGGGCCCACGCUCUGACAGAGGCCGAGCGGCUGCUGUGGAGCUCAUGGGAGGAGGCGUGGACGAGCGGAGCCGGGGGCAGGGCCGCUUCAGAGCCAGGGAGAGCCCAUCCUCUUUGCUUGCUGGCCGGCGGGUCUGUCCCAAGUGCCCCAUGGGUGGAGUUCCUCUUGCGCACCCCCUAGAGGGCUUCCCCUCCGGGGGCAUGCCGAGGGGUCCUGUGGGGAGGGAUGGAUGGGCUGCAGGGGCAGUACCCAAUAAAAACUCUGUCUGGGG